UCAGUUUUUCCCAGACUAGUCACGUAACAGCCAGCAGUCUUUUUGAGCUCCUUUUUAUUAAAAAUAUAAAAUUUAUUUAACACUUUUAAUUUCUUAUUUAUUUUAUAUACUUCUCACUUAUAUUUUUACUCUACAUUGCUCAUCUACUUGCCUAACUACAUAAAUGUAUAAAAGUGAACAAAAGCGAUAACAAUAAUAAUUAUUAAAUAAAAAUCAAAACCGUAUCGUCUCCUGUUUGUCGUCGUCGUCGCUCGUCUUCUCGUUUUCGUCGUUGUCGUUGUUGUCAUUGUCGUCGUCGUACUCGUCGGUGCUCCUCCUCGAUUUACGACUUAUGUGCGUUGCCAAAUAAUUUCCUUAUUUUCAUAAAAUAUAUAUACGACUUCCAAUAAAAAGAAAAACUUAGACAAUAUUUAAAAAUUAUAACAAUGGCAAACUCAGAUAAUAACGUCGAUGACAUGAAGCAUUGCUUUGAAAAUUUAAUUGUGAUCGAUGCUGGUGCUAAUCUAACUAACAAAAAAUACAGCCGUGACUUGGAUUCAGUAAUUCAGAGGGCAAAAGACGCAGGUGUCCAAAAAAUAAUGGUUCCAGGCACAUCGGUCAAAUCGAGCAAAGAAGCACUACGACUAUCUCGAAUCUAUCCAGACAUAAUUUAUUCGACUGCUGGCAUACAUCCACAUGACUCAAAGUCAAUCAUAGAAGAACCAACAAGUUGGUUUGAAUUUGAACACAUUGCUGAGGCACAAGAAUGCGUUGCCAUCGGUCCGUGUGGCCUUGACUAUCAAAGAGACUUUUCCGAGCCCGAUGUACAAAAGGAAAUUUUCGAGAAGCAAAUACUGCUGGCGUGCAGUCUGGGAAAAUCUGUAUUAAUUCAUGAGCGUUCAGCUCAAGACGAUGUCUUACAAAUACUAGACAAAUAUCCGAACAUACCACAAGUGAUAAUUAGAGGUUUUAUGGGUACAACAGAGGAGGCGGUUAAAUAUUUAGAUAGACGAUUUUACUUAAGCUUAACUGGUUAUUUAUGCAAGGACAAAUCAGAUACUGGAGUAAGAAAACUUUUAGAAGACGGUACACUGCCGUUGGAUAGACUACUCGUCGAAACAGACUCGCCAUUUAUGUACCCAAACACAAGAGCUUCCAAGCUACCACAACAUGUUAAGACUGGAAUAACAGAGAGAUCUCUGUUAUAUUUACAUAGAUAUUGUACUUUUCAACGAAACGAACCAUGUAGCCUACCGGCUAUAGUGGAGAUGAUAGCAGCUUUUAUGAAGAAGACACCUGACGAGGUGGCCCUGGCAACAGCUUUCAAUGCUCUCAAAUUAUUUGGGUUGUCGUGAGCGAAGCGUUUUUAUGCUUUGAUUAAUUAUUUCUUCUUCUUCUUCUUAUGCAGCCUGCUGUUAACUAUUAUGACGACUAUUUAGUUUUACUUUUUAUAUAUUAUUAUUUUACUGUUUUCUAUAAGAAUCUGCAGAUUUUUAUGUAUUUACAUAAGUAAACCGCUUAGAUAUUGUUUUUAUUAAAUAUGUUUAUAAGAAUUUAUGCGUAACACUAAGUGCCUUAUUGCCUAAUCCGGAUUAAGGCAGAAAAAUAAAAAAAAAAAUAUAUAUUGUAGGUAAUCGAAUAUCCCUGGAAGAAAGGACUAAACUAUUUUUUAAAAUGCAUCCUCAUCCUCCCAUCUUAGCCAAGAUUUACCGCAUUUCCCAUUUGACUAAUAAUUUACGAGUACUGUUGUAUUUUUGUAUACUUUUAGAAAUACUAUAUAGACGAGACAAAAACAAAUAUUGAGUAUCAUUAAAUGAUUCCAUAAAUGUUAAUGGCGUAAAAGUGCCAUAACUUUAUAUUAUCAUAAAGCCUAUGACUGUUUAGUUUAUGCGUUUUUGAUUUUAUUUGAAAAUUUUCUAAGCUUACAAAUAUUAUAUAUUUUUAUACACAUAUUUAUUCAAAACUGUUAUGAAUAUGUUUAUAUUCAAAAAAAAAACAACAAAAAGUCUUUAUUCUUAAGCGCUAAUUAAAGCAAGCUUGUGAAUUGUUUUAUUUUAUUUUUUUUUUAUUUCAAUAUAAGGACAACACUUUAUUUGUUAUAAUAUAUAUAUUUAAUUAUUUGAUGGAAAUGAUUGUGAUCAUAAACGUGCAUACAAUAUUAUUAUACUAUAUAUUACUAUUAUAUCAAAAUGUUUUAUACAACAAAUUAAUCGUGUAGCUAGGAAACAAUUUAAAUAAAUACAAAAAGCAAUGAAGAAUUAAA